UCCCUGCAGUGCCUCAUUCAGCAAGAUAGCUUUUGGAUCAGAAAGUUAAGCGCGGGAGGCGGGCUGAGGCAUUAUGUGUGCCUGCAGAGGCAGUGUGAAACUGGAGAAGAUGAGGGAGAUAUCUUAGCUGUGGACAUGUGAUAAGGUGAGUGUGCAUGGGACUAUGCUGUUUCUUGUAUCGGUGUGUUUUAAGAUCAGAUGUAAGAACUUCUGCGGAGCUAGAGCAACUCGUUUUCGACAGAUGGAAUACAAAGGGAAAGGCUAUGCAACCGGACAAGUGGCACCUCUUUCCAGGUUGGCCUAAUGCAUGAAUGUAACCCUUGUAUGUGCUGGACCAUGGCAGGCAAGCAGAGAAGGAACUGGAAGUCCAUGUGCAAAAGUCUGGUUCUUGGUGUCCUGGUGACCAGCUGCAUGAUGCUGCUUUACUGUCUGUCCAUGCCACAGGUCCCCCUGAAUAUGCCUGAAGUUCCAGUGCCUUACUCCUGCGCUCACCGCCCAUCCCAGCCAGCCAGCACAGGAAGGAUGUGCACCCCCCAAGUGGACAUCAUGUUCAUGAAGACCCAUAAGUCAGCGAGCAGUACCUUCCUCAACAUCCUUUUCCGCUUUGGAGAAAAACAUCGACUCAGGUUUGCCUUCCCUGACAGCAGGAACGACUUUUUCUAUCCUGCCUUUUUCCAGCGCUCUCACGUUAAAGACUACAAACCUGGAAUGUGCUUCAACAUCAUCUGUAAUCACAUGCGCUUCAAUGCAGACGAAGUGGCCAAGCUGCUCCCUCUCGAUACCUCCUAUAUCACCAUUCUCAGAGAUCCUGUGGAGCUUUUUGAGUCCUCCUUCCACUACUUCAGUCGUCUGGUGCCUUUCACUUGGAGGAUACCAGGAGAUGACAAACUGGCUGAGUUCCUCCAUGACCCGCGCCACUACUUUGACCCAGAGGGCUUUAACGCGUUCUACCUCAAGAACCUGCUGUUCUUUGACUUUGGACAGGACAACAUGCUGGAGCUGGAUGAUCCGAGGGUAGAUGAGGGAAUCAAAUCCAUCACUAAGCGUUUCCAUCUGGUCAUGUUGAAGGAAUACUUUGAGGAAUCUCUCAUCCUUCUCAAAGAUGCUCUCUGUUGGGAGAUGGAGGACCUCCUCUUCUUCAAGCUCAACACCCGCAAGGGGUCAACUGUAUCCAAACUGACACCCUACCUGAGGGCUAGGGCCCUCGAGUGGAAUGCUCUUGACUGGAAAUUGUACCAGCACUUCAACAAGACCUUCUGGAAGAAAGUGGAUGUGUAUGGACGGCAGCGCAUGGCGGAGGAUGUGGCGAAGCUCAGACGGAGGAACGCAGAGAUGGCGGCCACUUGCAUUGAAGAGGGUCACGCUGUUGAUGCCAGCAGCAUCCAGCAAACAGACAUGCAGCCGUGGCAGCCCAUCGGAGAGAAAUCCAUCAUGGGGUACAACCUGAAGAAGGACAUUGAUGAGGCCCACAUGAAGCUGUGCCGUAAGAUGUUGAUGCCGGAGCUUCAGUACUUGACCGAGUUCGGCGUCAGCCUGUGGAUCACCAAGCUGUGGGGCCACAUCAGAUACAUCAUCAACUGGUGAUGAUAACGCAUGUGAACAAGUGAGGGCACAUUGGCAUGGACAGCAUGGAGUCAAGGAAUUUACAGUUCUGUCACAUCUUAAUCAUGUGGCCAUUGUUUAAGGAUGGUUUUACUUGCUUUACAUUCACAAUAUGCACUGUUAGGAUUCUGAUGGGUGCUUCAAAGAAACAUGUCACAAUCUACGUUUACUGAACUAUUUAAGUAAGUUCUGGCACUGUUUGUCAGUCUGUAAUUUAAAUAGUAAAUAUCCAUAUCAUUCUGGAGGAAGCAAUAACAUCUAAGAAUGGAGUAAAAACAAAUUAUCUCCAAAAUAUAAUGAUACCACAAUGUUGAUGAGAGCAUAUCUGGAGAUGAAAAAAAAUAUCGCAGUAAUGCAAAUUGUUGCAAAAACAGCCAUGUUUCCAGAAGGGUAGAGGGUGACACUUUUCACUUGUCUUCUAUUGUUCAUUUUACUGUGAAUUUGUGUUACAAAGCAAUGCCAAAAAUGUGUAAAUUCUACAAAAAAAACCUCUAUACACGAUAUGGGCAAGUAUGGCCUAUGUGAGUAUUUUAUUUAUGCCUUUUAAGUGUCAGGACUAUUUGACACAAUAACCAAACGUAUGUAUGUAUACAGUAUGUGCAUUGCAUUGCUUUUAACAAUUAUGUUUCGUGAUAAAUAUACUUUAUGUUCAUGAUGCAUUACAUUAAUGAUUGAUGAUCAUUAAUGAUAAUUUUAAUCAUUGUUUCGCUUAUUAUAGUUAUACUGUAUAUCUUAUAUUGCUUUGUAAGAAGUUCCCACAUUUGUGCUCAAUGUGAAAUUUGGACAUUUUCUUGCCAUUGACUGAUUUUAUUGCUAGUCCUCUCUCCUAAUUUUUGAUGGGCUGAACAAGUUGUAUAAAUACAGUCUUAA